AUGGGAAGCUCCCACUCUGUUCAGAGCAAAGAUGAGCGUCGCCGCUCCAACCGUCUCUCUAAACCUCCGGCAAAAAAUGCGACCAUAAGCCCCACAAGCGCAAUUUCGCCUUGUCAACCUUCAGCGGUCACUACCGACGCCCUUCCCUGGCAGAACCCAUGGACUGGGACCACGAUCCCUGUUAGUCCAUCGGUUCAAUAUCAUCGCGCGCAGAGGUCGCAGUCGUUUCCGUCUCGUCCUCCCCAGUCUGACGCGCCGUGGGGUCUUGCGAACGAGGUCAACGAGAGCUGUGUCGUCUUUGAGGAAACAGACGAGUCGUCUCCUCAGUCCCCAUGCACGGACUUAGGUUCCCCGGUCUCUUUGAGCAGGCGAACCUCUGCUCGACCUUCUAGACAGGCCCUUUUGCGACCAGCAACACUGCAUAGCAGCCACCAUUUGUCAUACGUCCAAUCUGUGCACCCAACCAGGUCCUACUCAAUGCACACACUUCCGGGCAAAGCCCAAGGCUGCAUGCAUGAUCGAGCCUUUGAAGAGGCAGCCUCUUCCAACACGCAUUUCAUGGUGGACAAUCAAGGGUUUUCCUUGAUGCGCCGAAGAUCCCUUCUCACGAAACCUGGAGUUGCCACAAGACGAUCUGUGAAAGGGGCCAUCGGAAGGCUUCCACCUUCGAUCGACCAGGGAUACGGGCAUUCUUUCAGUCAUGUGGAUUCUCAACUUAGAGAUCAGGAGGUCGUCUGUACGCAAUGGCCUACCCAGGUCCGACCACCUACUCCGAGCGAUUCAGAGUACACACAUCUGGGCAAUCUCAAGCUCGGAUCACUGCGAGUUGUAAAUGGCUCGGCAUCGCCGAGCCCAAGUGACCGAUUUCGAUUAGAUGAGGCGCAAACUUCGGCCCCUGAAGCCGACGAGAACGCUGUGCAGUCAGCAGCAUCAUGGCGCAACCCAGAUGUAGGUCAAAACAAUGAAGACGCAAGCCCUACCUCGGAAUCGCCAGAAAACGCCACCUUGCGCUCUGUCCGUCGAGUAGUGGAAGAGUGUCUACACGAUGCGUCAGAAGGGCAACCUAUCAAGAAGCCGCUCGCGUCAUUGUUGAGAAUCCCGUCGCUGCCCGACUCGAAGAAACCCGAUGACUUUCCCGCCAGUCCUUUCUCAUUCGAGAAGUCGCCUAUAAGUAUAUACCCUCACUGUCAAGACCCGUAUCUGUUCUCCAAGGAAAUAGACGACGAGGGCAUAUCAGUUGCGGACGAUGGAGAAAUCUUUGACCACCAAGGGAUGUCAACUGCCCCAGAGAAACCCGGCACAAUGAGAUCACCGAGAUUCCACAGAAAAGCUGAUAGCGGCUACAGUUCUGCAACCUCGGUUCGGUCUCUGCAGGACGGUCGUUCUCGAGCCUCUAUAGAUUCCCAAGCAUCAAGACGUUCUCCGGUCUAUCACCCUUUCGCUCUUGGUGACACCACGAAGACUUUCCAAAUUCAGGAGGAACCAGACAAUCAGCUUGUAAUGCGCCGCCAUGUGAGCCUUCAGGGCCACAGGGCGAGUUUUAUGGCUGAAGCGAGCACAGGUACAAUGUGCCAUGAACCUCAAGAAACAUCCUCUCGCAGUAGAAGCUCGUCGUACUCCUUUCCACAGAAUCCCAAUCGCACCCACUUUCGAACUCAUUACUGUGCGCAGUUGCGCAACACUGAGCCGAUUGCCAACCGCACGCCUCACUCAUCGAUACUUCAGAUGGAACACUCCGACCUGGAAGCGGCAAGGGGUGUUCAAGAUAAAGAACACACUGCUCAGCCCAGUGACCCGCGUGAUCCAUCCUGUCACUCCCAAUUGGACCACACAAAGGAGGCCGUCGACAACAUCAGAUUCCAGAGCAAGAGGCUACUCAGGUCAGCAUCUGAAAGUAACUUCGCCCAUGAUAGGGGCUCCAGAUCCGCAAGCACUCGAGCUACGUGCCCAAAAAGAAAGGCAGUGGGCAGGAUAUGGUCGCAACGACCGGGAAUCGAGGCCCCGCCUUUGCCUGUGUCUCCUAUUUCAGACACUUUCGGAAGCUCAGCGCACCAAAACCACAGUGCCUGCGCAUCGGAACCAGCACGCGGUAGAGGCCAAAGCCGGGGCAUCGAGCUCCAGCACCGAAGAUGGCCGAUGGCUAAACCGCACGCCCAGAAACGUUCCGACAUCUACCUGGCAACAUCCCCGUUCAUUUUCACUUGA